AUGAACACCGAAGGCGGGUCAUUGGAGGUGGUGAUGGUCGAGUCCGAUAAGGUGGAUGAAAUAGACGGGGCAAGACAGAAAGCAAGGGAGGGGUGGUUGGAAGAAGUUUUGCCAAAGAGAGAGAGACAGAGGAGUGGACGACAGGGCGUUGGCUACUACUGUACCAAGGAUGACCUGAGCGUCCGGAGUACGGGUAGGAAGGAAGUGGAACAAAGGAGAGAGAGGGAGACGAUGGAAUGGAUCAAGGGAGGGGAAGAAGAAAGAAAGAAGGGGAAAAAAAAAGAGCAAGAAGAUUAUGAAUCUAUGAUUGGGCUUCUGCGUGCUUUCGCCGUGACUUCUCCUGGCUGGUUAGCGUGCGUGGGCUGGGCGACGCCGGCAUCCACGAUUUCGCACUGGAGCCCCUGGGAAGGCGCCCGCAAGCAGUGUAACCAACAAGGCGAUUAUGACGAUGCGAAUGGAGAAUGA